GGGCCUGCGGACUAGCCUCCUGGGCACGCCCGGCUUGUCCUGCUCUUGCAUGAGACAGUCUGGGUAGGCCUGGUUAAGAGGGAGCUCCCCUGUCAUGCCAGCACAUGCAGCUUGUCUUAUACCCUUCGAAUCAUCCCUGUGCAACUCCACGACACCAUCCAAACAAGACUGAAGACGAUUGGCAGGGUGCGUCUCAUGUCCUGUUUCGAUUCCCCACGGAUCGGUUGCAGAUUCCUUCUGGGUUUCCAGUCAUACAGCACGUCUGUCCGGACAAAUUUUGGAAAACCCCUUUAUCUUCGUCCUCUCAAAUUAUCAUAGAAAACUACAGCAUCCAAGUGGAGAUUCGACCGUGAUCUGUCGCCCUCACAUACAGCGUUUGCCCCAACAGCUGUGCCUGUUUCUAUCCUGUUCUUCUGCCAACAUGGCGUUAGCUGGCGGCCUAAGCCCAAAGACGCGACUUAUCAUCACAAUAUCCAUCUCGUUUGCCUUUUUCUUGGCCGAGAUCACUGUGGCAUUCAAGACCCGCUCCCUCGCGCUUCUCGCCGAUGCCUUCCACUAUAUGAACGAUCUGAUCGGCUUCAUUGUCGCCCUCACAGCUGUCAUCAUAUCAGAGCGGUCGCGCUCGCCCGCUGAGCUGUCAUUUGGCUGGCAGAGGGCCCGCCUGUUGGGCGCCUUCUUCAAUGGCGUGUUCCUCCUGGCUUUGGGAAUCAGCAUCUUCUUGCAGUCCAUCGAGAGGUUCAUCUCCAUCGAGCGCAUCGAGGAUCCGAGACUUGUAAUGAUCGUGGGCUGCGUCGGCUUAGGUUUGAACAUCAUCAGCGCAGCAUUUGUACAUGAACACCACGGGCACGAUCACUCCCAUGGCCACGAUCACAGCCACGAACACGGUGAAGCCCACAGUCACGAUCACGGCCACGGUCAUGAGCACGCACAUGACCACGGCGAGGCGGCCGUGGUGAACCUUGAGCCUGUCAGGGACAGCAGUUCAAGCAAGGCGAAUGUCUCAAACCGUGUUCGAACCCACGCGGAGCACCGUCACAACGUGGCUCAGAUGAAGAAGCCCGGGCGCGACCUCGGCAUGCUAGGUGUCCUCAUCCACGUCAUCGGCGAUGCCAUCAACAACAUCGGCGUCAUCAUCGCCGCCGUAGUCAUCUGGCAGACACACUCUGAGGCCCGGUUCUAUGCCGACCCGGCUGCGAGCAUGUUCAUCGCCAUAAUGAUCUUUAUCAGCUCCAUCCCGCUGACCAAGAAUUCGGGUGCCAUUCUCCUCGAGAGCGCGCCCCGUGGUGUUGAAAUCGACGAUGUGAAACAUGAUCUUGAACAGAUCCCCGGCAUCGAGUCAGUCCACGAGCUGCAUAUCUGGCGCCUCGACCAGCAAAAGGCCAUCGCGUCGGCCCACGUCGUCGUCUCGGACCAGUCCAUGUCCAACUUCAUCGAGAAGGCCCGCACCGUCAACGAGUGCCUGCACGCCUACGGCAUCCACUCGUCCACCCUGCAGCCCGAGACUGCCGAGGAGCUGGCACAGGCCCCACAGGAUGACUCCGCAGCCGAUGCUACUGCUGAUACUGUCAUAACCGCUGCUGCUGAUUCCUCUGGUAGCGUCUCCGAGGGAGUGAGCUCUGCUCUUAGAAGGAGGAGGCUCGACCCGGCAGCCUGCCAGAUCAUCUGCAGCAACCUGUGCCACAACCUGAUGUGCUGCACCAAGAUUGAGACCUGAGACCUGCUCAGGCGUGGACCCGAGCUUUGGGCGCGCUGGCCGGGCCUUGGACGAUCUUGUUAUUAGGCAACCUCUUUUCCUAAGGCGAGAGUGCAAGAAUAUGACCAAUAUAGCACUGAAUGUGUAAAAUGGGAACGGGUUAUGGGUAGGUAGCUAAGAUUUGCGAAACUGGAGGGGAUCCGAAUUCCUAACACAUGAGCAUGGAAAAGCCUAGAAGAAAUCCUGCACGUGCAAACAGUCACAUAGAUUUCGUCUUUCAUACCUAGCGACUGAACCACAACAUGAAUGACAAUGUGUUUGAAUUU